AUGUCUACACAUAGUUCACGUAUUGGAGUUAGAAAUAUUGAAGAACACUCUCCAUUAUUUAAAAUGGAAUUAGUACUAAGUCCAGUUGAAUUAUCUUCAUUUCAUUUUAUAAGUAAGUCUUGUAAUUCAUCUUUAACCCAUAUUAGUUCAUCACCUCUUUCAAGUCCUGGUUUAUCAAAACAUGGAAAAGAAGAUUAUAUUAAAGAAUUAUUCUUACAACCUAACUCUCCUUUACUUUAUGCUUAUUGUCAUUUAAUUCAACAAUCAUCAAAUCCUACUUAUUCAAAAGUUCUUUUAUCUUAUUUCUUUUCUAGAGGUAAAAUUGUUGAUUUACUUAUUAAACUUGCUUCAAUCGAAAUAGAAAAUUCAUUCUCUUCAAAUGAACUAUUCAGAAAAAAUACUAUCUUCUCUAGAAUUUAUAAUAAUUAUACCAAUCGUUAUUGUUCUGAAUUUCUUAUUAGAGUUAAAAAAGAUUUUGAUUCUUCUUCUAAUCAUUUACUUACAGACUUAGCUUCUUUUAUUCUUCAAUAUCUUAAAUUUAUUCCAACUCAUUUUAUUAUCAUUCUUUCAAAAAUAUUUCAAAAAAUUACUUAUGUCCAUGAUGAAAUACAAACAAAUAAUGCUAUUUGUACAUUAUUUUUUAUACAUUAUUUAUUUCCUUUUUUUAAAAACUAUUCUGAUAUUCCUCGUUUAGGUAUAGUCGAAGCUACUGAAGCUGUGAAUUAUAUGAUAACUAAAACAACAAAGUACCAACCAACUCAAUUUAAAAAUUCUGUUAUUUUAUUAAUUCAAUUAAUCUCUUAUUCUCCUUUAAUGGUCGUAAGAGAAUGUCAAUUUAGUGUAGCUGAACAAGAACGUACAAAAAGAAAUAUGUUACUUGUACUUAAAACUGAAUUAAAAGAAAUUAGUAAUUAUUAUAGAGGUGAUUUUUGUUCAGUAUUCAAUUGUAUUAAAGGUUCUUCAUUAAAAGAACAAUCAAUAUUAUAUUCUACAAAAGAUUUUAUUGAUUGGUUAGAAGAAAGAGAGCAAUUAAUACGUUAUGAAAAUAAUAAUCUCACCAAUAAGAUCAUUGCAUUAAAAAAAAGAAAUGAAAGAUUGAAACAUAAAAUUAUAAAAAUAGAAAAAUUAAUAUAA